UUCAAUUCCCGCUCUUUUCAAGAAACGACAACACACAUUCUGGAACCUCAUCGACACUCUGCUUCUCUAUAAAUAAAAACACACCCACACUCACACUCCCUUCUUUAAUUAUAAUAUUAUUAUUAAUUAUGGUGAGGGAUGAUGAGAAGAGAAUGAUGAUGAUGAUGGAGCAAGAGCAAGAAGAGGAAGCUGUGCCUGCAUGGCUAUCGAAGCUUAUGGGAGAGAGAUUCUUCGGUGAGUGUGGGGCCCACCAGAACCUCCGAAAGAACGACAAGAACGUCCUUUGCCUCCGCUGCUGCCUCUCCCUCUGCCCUCACUGCCUCCCUCUCCACCCACACCACCACCCUCUCCUCCAGGUGAGAAGGUAUGUCUACCAUGACGUGGUUCGAUUGGGUGAUCUUGAAAAGCUCAUUGAUUGCUCCAAUAUUCAGCCAUACACGAUUAAUGGGGCGAAAGUGAUAUUCUUGAAUGAGAGGGCACAGUCAAGGUCAUCAUGCAGAGGUGGCACUGGCAACUCUUGCUGCUCUUGUGACAGGAUUCUUCAGGACCCCUUCCACUUCUGUUCUCUCUCAUGCAAGGUUGAUCACAUGGUGUAUGAGGGUGAAAGGUUGUCGAGCAUUUUGCAUCGAUUCGAUGAAUCAGAUUUCUCGUUUUCGCAGUUCGAGGGUCUGAGAGUGGAUAGUAGUUCGGAGCUAGUUGAUGAAGAUAAUACCCAAUUUGCCCCCAAUGGCUCUUGCUCCAACACAGAUGCCACAGCCAGUAAUUCCGUAAUUUCAAGUGAAGCCAAUAGGAACAAGAACAAGACCAAGACCAAGUCCAAGUCCAAUGGCUUCUUCCAUUCUCUCGGUAGCAGGCGAAAAGGUGCUCCUCAUAGGGCUCCUUUCUGCUAGCUACUACUUCUUCAUGUCUUUAAUUUAAUUUCUUAUUCAAACUAAUUAAACUUAAUUAAUUGCUACUGCCUUUUAAUUAUUAAUUAUAUUAUAUAUAUUAUAUUUA